AUGAUAAAAAGUGUAAUUUUAUUUGUAUUUUUAUUAUUAUCUACUAUCUAUGUUUGUUCAAAACCAAUCGAUAGCAAACAAGACAAUCAAAGAUUAAAUGUAUUUUUAAUACCUCAUAGUCAUUGUGAUGUUGGAUGGGUACAAACAUACGAACAAUACUAUACCGAAAAUGUUACAGUUAUACUAACAGGUGUUAUUGAAUCUCUCUUAAAAGAUCCAUCGAAAAGAUUCAAUUGGGCUGAAGUAUGGUGGAGUGAACAAACCGAUUGGACUAAAUCAAUGGUUCGAGAGUUGGUCCAGAAUCAACAGCUUGAGUUCAUCGGUGGUGGAUGGGCACAGAACGACGAAGCUGUCGCUCACUAUCAGGCGGUGAUCAAUCAGAUGACUCUGGGCCAUCAGUUCCUUCUCGGUGAAUUUGGAGUGACCCCGAAAGUGGGCUGGCAAAUCGAUCCGUUUGGAGCUUCGAAUCUCACACCUAUGCUGUUCCGACUGAUGGGAUUCCAGUAUCAUGUUAUCGACCGAGUCGAUCAACGUUUGAAAUACCAAUUCAAUGCAUCGCCAGAUAUAGUUGGAUCCGGUUCAUUGAUAGACGAUCGUUCCUUUGAAUUCAAUUGGUAUCCAUCCGCUAGCUAUUCCCGAUCACUCUCCAUCUUUACUCAUAUUCUCGAUGACCAUUACAAUACACCAGAGAUUUGCUACCAGAAUGCUUCCGACCCUGUAAACAUUACCUGUACAGGAUUUGAUUUUGAAAGUAAUCCACAAAUAAAUCCACCAAUCACCCCCGAAAAUAUAGCGGAAAGAGCAGAUAUUCUUCUGGAAAUUGUAAGGCAGCGUUCACUCUAUUAUCGUCAUAACAAUUUACUGGUUCCAUUUGGAAGUGAUUUUAGUUUCCAGGAAGCCAGUAUGCAAUUUGGCAAUAUGGAUCUGCUAAUAGCCUAUAUCAAUUCAAACAGCUCCUAUAAUGUAAAUAUUAGAUAUGCGACACUGAGCGAGUACUUCCAGGCGGUGGAAAUGGAAACACAACCCUCGGAUUUCCCAGAUGUUAGUGACACCGAUUAUUUCACCUAUACCCAGUGUCUUGCCAACGACUAUGCUAAUUUUAAUAAUUGUAUAAACUAUUGGUCAGGAUACUUCACUAGUUUCCCACUACUCAAGCAGACUGUACGAGAUUCGGAUUCAAUUCUUAGAAGUAUUGAAAUUCUAUUUUCAUUGGCUAGUGCAACGCCAAGUUCUGAAUAUACAUUCGAUAGUCAAUUUGUAUUCGAAGCACUAGAGUUACACAGGAAUGUUAGUGGUAUUCUUACACACCAUGAUGCUGUUACUGGAACUGCCAAGGAAUAUGUUAGGAACGAUUACUUCAAUAUGCUAUGGAGUGCUCAAAAUACAUCGUUGGAUUCAAUACCAUCGAUGGUAUCAUAUUUACUGGCGAACGAAUCAAUAGAGUAUGGAUUUGACUAUCAAGAUAUAUUACUCAAAGGUAUGACUAUUGGACAAGUGGUGGUUGUUUCAUUGAGUAAUAGUUUGGCAUGGAGUAGAGUGGAGUACGUAGACAUUCCAGUGGGUAUUCAAAACUAUGCAGUGUAUGACUAUAAUCAGCAACCUAUACCGUCACAGUUAGUUCAAAGAUUGGAUACUGACGAAUGGCAUUUAUAUUUCGAAGCGUCAGUUCCAGCUUUGGGUAUCACCACCUACUUUAUCAUGUGCAUAGGCAAUCGAGAUAAUCAAUUUGAAUACGUACCGAAUCAAGGAGAACUAUAUUAUCCAAUACCAGCAUAUAGAUCAAUACCAAAUGAAAUUAUUUCAUAUGGCAAUUGCCAAGAUGAGGGCAUGGAUAUAGUGAUCAUCGGAAACGAUCAAUUCCAACUUCAUUUCCAAAUGAAUCCUUCUAAUAAUUAUUUAUUAGAAUUGAAAUAUUAUAUGGAUUUGAACAGCAGUGGAAAUAGAAUAGAAUUAAAUCAAAAGCUAUAUGAAUACGAUUCAAUGCACGAUGAUUGCUAUCAUUUCAGAGUACAUGGAGAACCACAUCCACUUGAUGCAACAUCCGCUCAGUUCUAUCUAACGGAGGGACCACUUUUAUCAAUGGUAAUCAUUGUCUAUAGUAAUAAUGUUACACAGCUAUUCACUGUUUACAAUUCGACAUCCGCCAAGUCUGGGACUAUUGCACAGGAAGAUCAAUAUUUUGAAAUCGAGAAUAUUGUUAGUGUUGGAUACAACUAUGAAAUCUCCAUGAGAUUCAACUCAUCUAUUAGCAAUGGUGCUACCUUUUAUUCAAACAAUGGAUUGGAAACAAUUAAAAGGGAAUGGAUGGAGAAAUUUAAUGACUCUGAUGUUUCAAGUUUAAUCGUUGGUAAUUUCUAUCCAUCUAUAAACACCGCUAUAAUUAAAGAUUCAAACUCUGAGCUGGCAGUUCUUCAUAGACAGUCUAUGGGUGUAAGCAGUCAAGCCAAUGGACUACUAGAGUUCCUAUUGAUACGACGUUCAGACAAUAUACAAACCUCUAUUCAUGAAGCAUUGAACGAUACAAGUACAACCCGUAUUAAAUCCAGAAUAUUAGUUGGACAACCAGAGAGAGUAGAACUUCUUCGAGCUCAACACACUCUGAUCCAUGAGAACCCAUUACUCAAGAUGUUUGCACCGAUCAAAGGUUCAAUAUUACAUCGGUUCAACAAACUACUUUAUCAGCCAAUUCCAUCAUCGCUAGCAAUACAACCACUCAUCAAACUACCAUUACACUCAAUCCAAUUGAGAUUCUAA